CCUUUAUAAAAACAUGACACUGAGGCACUCAGUUAACUCAAGUCUGAACACAGGUAUCAUACAGUCACCCGUGGUUCAGGGCUGAAUCUUCUUCUUUUGGUCAAAGGAGUACAGCAUGUCCGAAAUGCUUGACGACAUCUUCACAAAGAACUUUAUGAACCUGGCCCUGGAUGAUGGAUUGCUCCCGCCACAGUCUCAACUGAAAGUCCCAGGGCAGAGUCGGCUGAACCGGUCAGUCUCCUUCUUCUCUCCCCCCUCCGCUCCUGCCUCUUCGAGCCACAGCAUGAGCACCGAGCAUGUUAAUAGUAAUGACGGCAGCCCUUUCUGGUCAAACAACAUCUGGAGCCAGGGCCCUGUCUCCAAACCAAAACAACUCCCCUUCAGGUCUGACCGCUCCAUGAGUCUGACUGAGUCCAGCAGCAGCCUGCUCUCCAACUUUGGAGAGGCUUUUCCCUCAGGCCCUGCCACUACUGUGGCUCCACCGCCGGGCUUCCCUCCCACAUCUACCCUCCCACCCCAGGUUCAACCGAUGGUGUCUCCUAAUCGUUACAAGACUGAGCUGUGCCGUGGCUUCCAGGAGACCGGCAGCUGCAAAUAUGGCAGUAAGUGCCAGUUUGCCCAUGGUGAAGCAGAGCUGCGAGGACUGUUCCGCCACCCCAAGUACAAGACAGAGCCCUGCAGAACCUUCUACAACUUUGGCUACUGCCCCUAUGGCUCACGUUGCCACUUCAUCCAUGAGGACAAAAUCAGCGGAGGUCCGUUACCAUCUGCCAAAUUCCAGAACCAGCAGCAACCGGGUGCCACAGCAACUCGCCACCAGCUCCGCCAGAGUGUCAGCUUUGCCGGUUUCCUGGGCUCUUCACGUAGCUCACCUCCUCCAGCAUUCCCUUCAUCAUCCUUCAAUGAUCCUAACAUGGGGUUCAGCCGUGCUCCCUCUGUUUCUCCUCCUCCUGCCGAUCUCCUCUCCCCAGUGUUUGGUGACUCCCUGCAGCGGGAGGCAGCCGCAUUCCAGUUUGGCAAGUAUCAGACCCGUGCCAGCACUGGAGACAUCCACAACAUUCCUCUCAUCCUGGAGCCAAAGGCCUCACGCUGUGUGUGUGGCCAUGGAAAUAACUUUAACAGCAACAACAGCAGAGCCUUCACCAACGUGGAAGAUGGGCACCACCAGGACGGCAAGCUGUUUCCUGGAGGCCAUGGGGGAUUCGUGAAGCCUGCUGGACUCCAGCGUUUCUCCUCCGAGGACUCCCUGGAGGACAGCUACAGCAGCAGCAGCGGAGGCUCCAGUGGAACCGAGUCUCCAGUUUUCGAUGGGUCAGCCACCAAAAGGCUCACUGUGUUUGAACGCCUGUCCCUGUCUGACUAAAUAGAUCCAAAGACAAAGAACAGAAGAGAACUGACACCUUGUUAACUGUGUCUGUUCAUCUGGACUUUGUUCAGUACCAGAACUGAUCAGGACAAGUCAACUUUUUUGAUGACACAAUAACACUUAAAGUUCUUAAUUUAUGCCUUGGAUAAACUACAAAUACUGAGAUGAUUUUUAGUAGCCAAAUGUUAUCAGACUCUAUUUUUAUACUUUCAAAUGUUGUGUAGCCUAUUAGACCUUUGUAUGUGGUAUAUUCCAUAAAAAUUAACUCCUCUGCAGUCUUGAAAGUACCAAUGAACGGCCUGUUUUCUACUUAUCGUAAAUCUGUAGUGAUCAAACUGGCUUAUCUUUAGUGAUAAUAAUUAAUUCCUGUGCCUUAAAGAUUUUCCCUGCCUUAUAGGAUAUUCACUCUCAGUGCCGCGAACAGUAUGUUUGAUUCAGUAGCCUUAAUCAGUGAGACCUGACAUGUGUCAUUGAUGCCAUUUUAUCUGUGAUAUGCACUUUACAGCUAAUUCAAAUGGGAGAACUGUCAAAUCUCCUAGUAGCAUUCAACCAAAGCUUCAUACAUCACUCUGCUCUGUGUGUGCGUGUGUGUGUGUGUACGCGUCUGUAUAUAUGCAUGUGUGGGUGUAUGUGUCAUUGUUCUAAGACCUGGGGUGCAAGCAUGUGGAAGUUGCAGAAUGCUAAAAGAUCAAAAUGUAUGUCAGUGAGUUUAGAUCUGAAUAUCUGUCCCCUGACACGCAGAUUACAGAUUUGGUUCUGUAAAACAUUCUGUUAUCUUUGCUAGUUUCUAAAACCGCACCCCAUCUUUUACUGUGCCCUGUUUGUUUGGACAACCUGGUUCAGGGACUUUAACACCGCAGUAUUCCUUUCGGUUAUUGGUUGCCUUGUGUUGUUUAACUUAAACUAAUAUAUUUAUUAUGAUAUUUAUUUGUCUUUAAAGAAAAAAAAAUGUAUUUUGUACGUUAUUUAUGGAGAAAUAUUUCAAGGUCUGUGAAUGCCGAUGUGAGAAAACGCAGUAAAAAAGAGAAUCUUAUAUUUUUAAUUGCCUGAAAAGGACACAAUAAAUAAAUUUCUGAAUAAAGAAAUGAAUGUA